CACAGCAUGGCUACAUGGCGGCUGAAGAAAGGUUAAACGCUUGUUACCUUGAACCUCGUACCUUGAACCUCGAACAUUGAACCUCCCUUAAAUCAAUUUAUCUUUAGAUAAGGCUCCGAGUCACUUCGCAUUGCGCGUCACUCACUUACUCACACACACUCUCUCUUACCCAGAUACUUACCCAGAUACUUGCCCAUAACUCUAGCCAUUCACUUGGAGAGAGAAUUGAUUUUACCACUUUGCCAUAUCAUUCUAAAUUAUAUCUUUCUUUCUCAUUCUUGCUUCUAGUGACCGACUGACCGACUGACCGACCGACUCUAUUGUCAGACUAUCUCUCUCAUUAAGAAAUCCAGAUUACCCACCAACCCGACGUUUUCGAUACUCAAACCAAGACUUACACCCUCGAUAUUCAAAGGAGUGCCUGAGUCUUUCUCUUCGAAAUGCCUCCUCCUCCACCACCACCGCCACCGCCUCCAGGUAUGGGAGGGCCACCACCACCUCCUCCACCCCCCGGUGGUUUGCCUGCCCGUCCACCCGCUGGUGUUGGUGUUGGCCGGGGUGCCUUGCUUGGCGAUAUCACAAAGGGAAAAGCCUUAAGGAAGGCCGUUACGAACGAUCGGUCUGCUCCCAUAGUGGGAAAAGUCUCGGGGGGAGGAGGCGGACCGCCGAUGGGAGGAGCACCCCCCGUCCCCGGCAUGUCUAGGCCUGCAGCACCACCCGGUGGCUUAGCACCCCCUGUACCCGGCGGCAUUAGAACGAGAAGCAAUAGUGAUCACGGAAAUAGUAGUGCGCCAACAGAACCAGCCCCACAGUUAUCAGGUUUGUUUGCGGGUGGUAUGCCGAAACUCAAGAAGCGUGGUGGAGGAGUAGAUACCGGAGCAAACCAAACUGCGUCGUAUAUGUCUGAUACAGAAUCAUCUCCAUCUGCCCCCAAGGUUCCAUCAGCGCCAAGACCUCCCUUCGGAGCUGCUCCCGCCAUACCAGCACUCCCCGGCCGUGCCGUGCCAACACCCCCGGCGCCGGGCCCCCAUGCAUCGAUAACCAAUCUAAGGAAAACGGCAAGUGAUGUUCCACGACCGAUCUCGACUGCAUCCUUAGCAUCUUCCAAAGGGCCCCCGCCUCCCAUUGGAAAGAAGCCACCUCCACCACCCGGGUCCCGAAAACCACAGACUACACCCUCUCAUCCGCCUCCCCUACCCGGUGUGCACGCCCCUCCGCCUCCGUUACCCGGCACCCACGCACCACCACCUCCCCCAUCGUCUGCACCGGCUCCCCCGGUUCCACCUCCUCCUCCUCCAACAGCUGCACCAGCGCCACCACCCCCUCCGCCAGUAUCUGCACCCGCGCCUCCACUACCACCUCCAGUUGCAGCUCCCAGACCACCUGUUGCGCCAACACGCUCGCAACCACCUCCCCCGCCACCUUCAUCCGCGCCGCCCUCGAGCGCCCCAUCACCAUCACCUAACAUCGCCUUACAAGCUGCAUUGCGCGCCACUGCAACAGGAGGCCGCUCCUCACCAACCUCCAUGCCACCCCCGCCACCCCCUUCAUCCGCACCUACGCCGCCAGCGCCCACAAGAGAACCUUCCGUAAACCGACAGCGCGCGGGCUCGAAUCUGCGGUCAAUGCUAGACCCAAGCUCCUACACCCUCGCUCCAAACGGUGGCAGCGCAAAGAGCCUAAGCCCGACACCAACCGGCAACAGCGCAACCAGCCCACGGGACUCAGGUCGACUCGGAGGAGGAGGGGAACGGUACAUAGUCCAAGACAGCCGGUGGCGCUUCAAGGAUGAGAACGAGCUUCCCAAGCCCCGACAAUUCCAGGGCGGUCCCCGCAAGUACCGCGCCGGCCGCGGAAGCAGCGUGCCCCUAGACUUGAGCGCGCUCUAGGAGGGUGAGCCGAGUUGGAGGAGAAGCACUACCCAUAUUCGUAAAGGAGGAGGGAGAGGAGGGCUCCAAGCAGGACGAAUCAGAGAGGACGAGAAGGAGGACGAUGCUGCAAGGGAAACGGGGAGCAUG